GGCUCAGAGAAACUGCCUCCUGACCUGAGAGCACACUGAACUGGGAUCCAAGCAGGCAUCAAUCACCAGAAAACCCAGACUCUGCACCGACCUGACACCUGCUUAUGGACACUCAACUGGGAAAAGCAAGGGCAAGACAGAACCAGUGAGAGAGAUAAAGGAGACUAAGUAGACGAAGGGUCACUGGCAAGAAGUCAGUCUUUCAUUAGUCUGUCUCCCAUUUCGUCUGGGAGGGGUAGAGGAAGGAACAGAUUAGUGACGGUGCUGCACUGGACAAGAUCAGAAAGGAGACACGGUGAAGAAAACAGUGUGCACCCUUGUGUAACAGACGCAAAGAAAAAUAAGAAAACCUCUUUUAAUACCUGUAGUCUUGUUCAGUAUGUGGUCCCUGGCCAUAGUUUGGAUCUCCAGCCUGCUUGUGAGCACCCAGGCUCAAGGCACUGCCAGCGUGUGGAGAGGGAAUGACCGCAGUGGCCGCUGCCAGUACAGCUUCACUGUGGCCAGCCCAACAGAGGCCAGCUGCCCAUCUGUGGGAUCUGGACCAGAGAUGGAAGCCCUGAAAUCUCGACUGGAGCUGCUGGAGGUGAUGGUAGCCCGUCUGGCUGGGGGAGAGGCACCGAGGGCUGCGGCUGGGACAGGGCUCCAGGAAGCUUACACCCAGGCCAUAGGGGAGAAGGCUCAGCUGCAGAGGGAGAAGGACAGACUGGCCCAGCAGGUAGAUGAGCUCCAGCAGAGAGUGGCUGAGCUUCAGAAGGAGGCAGAGAAGCUGAGGAGCAGACCCUGCCAACAGCUGCCUCCUCCAACUGUGCCGCAGCACGACAGUAGUCUCCGGCCUGGAGCUGGCACUGCCCUCUCACAUCUGGUGUCCAGACCAGGCAGGACACAAGGAGACACAAGCAGCCUGAGAGAUCCAUCUUGGCAGUAUGGUAGUCCAGGAUAUCAGGAGCUGAAGGCUGAAGUGGCUGAGGUUCCUGCCCCAAGGCCAGAGGACACUGAAGAUUACACAGGCUGCGGUGAGCUUCUGUUCGUGGGAGAGCCAGUAACCCACCGCAAGGCUGAUACCAUUGCUGGUAAGUAUGGCGUGUGGAUGCAGGAUCCAGAGCCUGUGGCACCGUAUGGCCCAGGCAUGGUGUGGCGAAUUGACACCAUAGGCUCUGAGGUCCGACAGCUCUUCGGCUACGAAGACAUGGAGCAGCUGUCCCGAGGUUUCCCCACCAAAGUUCUGCUCUUGCCCGAGGCUGUGGAGAGCACAGGGGCCACAAUGUACCGUGGAUCACUUUACUACCAGCGGCGCCGCAGUCGCACCCUUAUACGUUACGACCUGGCCUCAGAGAGUGUGGCUGCCCGCAGAGACCUGCCCCACGCUGGCUUCCAUGGACAGUUCCCCUACUCCUGGGGCGGCUACACAGACAUCGACUUCGCCGUAGAUGAGGAGGGGCUGUGGGUCAUCUACAGUACCAACAAAGCCAAGGGUGCCAUUGUGAUCUCCCAGCUGGACCCCCACAGUCUAGAGGUGAAGAGGAGCUGGGAGACCAACAUUCGCAAGACCACCGUGGCCAAUGCCUUCAUGAUCUGUGGGAGGCUGUACACAGUGGCCAGCUACACCUCACCCAACACCACUGUCAACUACAGCUUCAACACAGCCACCAGCCAGAGUAAAGCCAUCUCCGUGCCAUUCAAGAACCGGCACCGCUACAACAGCAUGAUAGACUACAACCCUAUACAGAGGAAGCUCUUCGCCUGGGACAACUACCACAUUGUGUCAUACGACGUGCGACUGGGCAAGCAACAGUGAAGCAUUUUACAGGGAGGGUGGUUAUAAAGUCAUUAUAGAAGGGACUCACAGAUCAUAGACUGCCCCCCGCCAAAAAAGUGUCAUAUUGGCUUUGUGAUUGUUCCUAAACCUACAGUUUAAAACUACAGUUUAAUGAUAUACGAAUUCCAUAGCAUUUCCACUGAAACUUGUAAACACAAUACAUAUCAGUGCCAGCAAGAUCAGACAGUUGCUUUCCCCAUUUAUCACAAAUGUAAACUCAAGAAUGCAAUAAGAGUAGGUGAAACCCUAGGCACACUUUACUCCUUACAGCUUAAAUAAUCAGGCUUUGAGAAGCAGAUGCCAGAUUUCUACUUCGGUUUCUUUCAUUACUAAGCCAAAAGUGUACCUAUAGAAAUAUAGGCAACCAGUCUUAUGAAGCUGCUUUGGUCUCCCCUAGUCAGAGGCCACUCAUAGCUUUCUGAUCAACUUCUGUUGAAUUUCUACUUUUAAAUCAACUAUAAAUAUUCCAUUAUGGACAAUUUGCCUAUUUGUUUAACAUUGUUCAUGUGGCGUCACUGCCAAAAGGCUUUUUUUCCUUUUUAAGCAAGAUUUUAUGUAUUCUUUUUCAUUGCAGUGGCAUGGCCCACUUAAUGUGUUAAUAGAGAUUAUUUUUCUACCUUUGCUUAUCUGCUAUAUGUGUGUUUUUGUGUAUAGCACUGAAAGUGUCAAUCAGGGGGGCAUCCAGCAUACAUUUUCCAAAAUAAAUAAAUAAAUAAAAAAAACAAAAACUCACACACACUUUAAUUCUCCCCUCUCAGAUAAAUCUCCCACCUUUUUAGAACCUGUCAAUACUCUGCUCGGCUAAUACAGCACUGUACUGGUAUGGUUAUAUAUAGAAAAAUUCUGUUCAAAUUUAAAUUCAUUAACACUAAAUAAAGAUUACACUGAACAAUGU